UUCCGCGCGCGUCGUGGCCGUAAGCCCCGUCGUACGUAGCCGUAGUUCGCGACGCACACCGAAGAGUAGUCCGCCACGCCACCGGAGGAGAGGGGCCGCCACCCUACGACGAUGUUGUCGCGGAGUCGCGAAGAAGGGGAGAGACGCUCCCCGGGGGAGCACGAAUCUGCGGUGUACGAGUAGGGGAAGUCAGCUGAACGGUGGUGGAGUGGUGGUGAGGGUCGAGCGACGAGAAGGGCAACCGCGCGCUGCCUCCACGUCGACCGCUCUGAGCGGUUUAGUCGUGAGUCGAGUCUCGCCGCGUCAACGUGUCGGAGGAUAACAUCGCGCAAACGAUACGGUAACGGGCCACCACUGUGACGUGAGUCUCGUUUUCUUUCUUUUUUUGUGUUUUUCCCAGUGUCGUUAAACGCGGACGCCCGUCCUGCGGUCGUUCUGCGCAGGGUGUGCUCCGACUUUGAAUUUACGUUGUUUCCUCCUCUCCGCAGAUCUAUAGUUUGGUGCUUGUGAAAAAAAAAGAAAAAAAAGAAAAAGUGCGUAUCGCGCGCACGGGAUUCAAGUGCCGCCUCUCUCGCGAUCGUCUUUACCGCCGAACAAGCCAGUCCUGGUUGUGCAUGGCUUCGCGUCCGAGAGUGAUACCGUUGUUUCACUGCUGCGACGGAUAUAAGGGGAAGAUAGUGCGGCGGAUUGCGCAGUUGGAUCGCCGAUGAGAGCCGUCGAGUGUGAAUAGAGAAAAAAAAAGUGGUGCUAUCGUCGAGUACACGACCGACGGCGCGAGCGAGGAUCGACCGCGAAAGAUGCUGACGUCCAGCGCGAAUCAGUAUCUCCGUCCUGAUCAUUACCUCACGCCGCUACCUACUACGCUGGAUGCGAAGAAGAGUCCACUCGCACUGCUCGCACAGACCUGCAGUCAGAUAGGAGCGGAUCCACCGUCCAACAAAUCGUUACUAAGUUCCUUGGACAAGACAUCGAGCAACAGAUCAUCCAAAACCACGGAGCAGUCACGCGACAAGUCGUCGCCAACGGUGACAGUGUCGGUGACGGUGCCAACGUCGGCGAGCGAGUCAACGAAGACCAGUUUCAAGCCGUACGAAUCCUGCCUGGGACGUGAGAAGACGUGCACGCCGGACGAGUCCCGGUCGGCGUCGAGCCACUCGACGUCCGGCCGUUCGAGGACACCCGGUAACAGCGGCAAACGAUGCUCGAGCAAUCAGAGCGCGGCGUCAACGCGCGCGGUCACGCCGCAAGGUAGAAGGACGGCGACGCCGAACGGUGAGGUAGCGCGGGACUCGCCGGUGUCGAGAAGCUCCGCGCCCUCGGUGCCGUCGAGCACGGUGGACGCUAUCACGAGUCAGCCAACCGUGAGUAGUCCCUCGUUACAAGUCAAGCCCGCCUACAGUCCCGUCAGCAUGCUCGCCAUGGCCGAUCCGUCAAUCAAGGAUCUCCCAUUGGGCACCUUCAAGCCCGGCGUCAGUCUACCAGUCUCCACCGCCGCCUACUUGGGCUACAGCCCCGGUCAGCUGCCGAUCGACGUGAUGGCCAACUCGCUCAUGUCCCAUCACGCCGCCCUGAAGAACGGCAUCAACCCCUAUCUGUACGCGCGGUUGAAAACCACCGGCGGACCCGCGGACGGCCUGAUGCCGAUAUGCCGCGAUCCCUUCUGCACCGGCUGCCAGCUCAACUCGCACCUACUGUCGAGCCCCGCGACGGCCGCGGCGGCGGUCGCCAGCAUCGCCAAUGGCAAAUUGCCGUCGGGCGCGAGCGGGGCGACGCCGGGCUCCUGUCCGGCCGGGUGCGCACAGUGCGAUCACAAACCCGGCAGCGUUUCGUCCUACGGGUCGCUCGGCGCGGUCUACGCGCACGCGCAGCUCGCCGCGUUGGCCGCGGGCACGCAACUACCCUACGUGUGCAGCUGGAUCGCCGGCGACACCGCGUACUGCGGCAAGAGAUUCACCACGUCCGAGGAGCUGCUGCAGCAUCUCAGGAGUCACACGAACGUGUCGGCGAGCGGCGCCGAUCCCGCGAGCGCGGCCGCCGCGAUGUCCCUGCUGCCCGGGCCGCCCCCGGCGCUGCAUCCAACUCAUCCGCUGUUCGCGAGGUCUUACCCUACGCCACCCUUGAGCCCGCUCGCCACCGCGCGCUACCAUCCCUACGGGAAACCCUCGCCGCUCCUAACACCGUCUCUGUCGACGCUCGGUCUGCCGCUUCCGCCGCCGCCGCCGCCGCCGCCGCAUCCGCACGCGACCGCCGGACUGGCGUAUUUCUCGCCGUAUUCCAUCUACGGGUCUCGUCUAGGCGCCGCCUCCGGGAUGCAUCAAUGA